AUGUUUAUCAAUGAUCUCCCUGACAGCGUUAUGGAGAAUUCGGAUGCAAAGAUGGUAUUGUUUGCCGAUGACUCUAAGAUUUAUAAAACUAUCAGGACUACAUCGGAUUGUAUGGACUUGCAAACUAGCAUUGACCGAACAUCCAUAUGGAGCUGUGAAAAUAAAAUGCUUUUAAACAGUAAGAAAUGUACUAUAGUAAGUGUGAAUCGUAAAACUCAGCCUACUACAUUUUCUUAUUCUCUUGGGGGAUUACCUUUGGGAAAAACAAACUGUGAAAAAGACCUUGGGGUGUUAAUAAAAAGCGAUCUGAAGUGGGACGCGCAUGUUUUGUCAAUUUCAAAGAGGGCUAACAACGCUUUGGGGUACAUUAGAAGAGGGACAACAGGAUUCAAUCACGUUGAUACAAGGAAAGUACUCUACAUGGCGUUAGUAAGAAAUCAUUUAGUUCAUGCAUCGCAAGUUUGGGCUCCACAGUCAGUACAUCUAAUCAAGCAAUUGGAAUCUUUGCAGAGAAGAGCAACAAAGUAUAUUCUAUGCCUACCAUAUGAUACUACUAUUACAUACAAAGACCGGCUCUUAAAAUUAGAUCUUUUACCGAUGUCGUAUUGGCAUGAAUAUUUGGAUGUGUUGUAUUUGUAUAAGCUGGCAUCUGGCAUGCUUUCUUUAAAGUUGCAUGACUUCUUAAAAGUUAAACAACCAUUACGUGUAACGAGAAGAAGUAAUCCUUCAUCAGGUUUAAUGUUUGAUAUCCCAAAAGUACGUACAGUAACAUAUCAAUCUAGUUAUUUUAUUCGAACUGCUAGAAUUUGGAAUGAACUGCCAUCAUCCAUACGAUUAUUAGAAACUUUAUGUCAGUUUAAAAAUAGUCUAUUGAAAUACUACAAAGAUUGUCUAAAAACUAUUUAUGACACUGACAAUCCAAGAACUUGGAAAACUAUAUGUCCAAAAUGUCAUAACUGUUCUGUUUUAGUAAAGCAAUCACAGUGUUGCUGA